GCGAGCGAGUCAUGUGGUCGGCCAAGAUGGCGGCGCUCAGGGUGGCGGUGCCGGUGCUGUCGCUGCUGCUCGGGCUGUGCCCGGGACCCGCGGCCGCCGCCGCGCCCCUCGUCAUCUGGCACGGCAUGGGAGACAGCUGCUGCAACCCGCUGAGCAUGGGCUACGUUCAGAAGCUGGUGGAGAAAAAGAUACCGGGGAUUUACGUUCUGUCUCUCAAGAUUGGAAGCAACCUAGUACAGGACAUGGAGAACAGCUUCUUCAUGAACGUGAACGACCAGGUGAGGGAGGUUUGCAGCCAGCUCGCCGCAGACCCGCGCCUGAAGGGAGGCUACAACGCCAUGGGCUUCUCCCAGGGAGGCCAAUUCCUGAGGGCCGUGGCCCAGAGGUGCCCUUCUCCUCCCAUGCUCAACCUCAUCUCCGUCGGGGGACAGCACCAAGGCGUGUACGGCUUUCCUCGCUGUCCCGGCGAGAGCUCCCACGUCUGUGACUGGAUCCGGAAGACCCUGGAUCUGGGAGCCUACACAAAGGCUGUCCAGGAGCACUUGGUGCAAGCUGAGUACUGGCACGACCCCCUGAAGGAGGAGGACUACAGGAAAAACAGCAUCUUCCUGGCUGAUAUCAACCAGGAGAGGGGCAUCAACGAGACCUACAAGAAGAACCUGAUGGCUCUGAAGAAGUUUGUGAUGGUGAAAUUCCUCAACGAUACCAUGGUGGACCCUCCAGUCUCUGAGUGGUUUGGGUUUUACAAAAGUGGCCAAGCCAAGGAGACCGUCCCGCUGCAGGAGACCUCGCUGUACAAGGAGGAUCGCCUGGGGCUGCAGGAGAUGGACAAAGCAGGGAAGCUGGUGUUCCUGGGGGUGAAAGGGGACCACCUGCACUUCUCAGAAGAGUGGUUUGACACCACUAUCCUCCCCUUCCUCCAGUGAAGCUCCUGUGAGAGCCCUGGGAAGGGUUUACUGCUGUAGUUAAUGCUCCUGUGUGUCCAGUGCACUUUGUGUGUCCGAGCCUGCGGGGAUCUGGGGAAGGGGGGGAGAGGAGGGGGUUUAGCUCAGCACUUCCACAGCAGCAGGAGGCCAGGAUUUGUCUGGGUGUAAUUCCUGACACACUCCAUCCUGCACAGAGCCUGGCAGAUCUGCUUCAGCUCUCAGAGCUGUGCCCAGUCUGGUCCCUGGGUGAUGCAGAAGGAUCAGCUGGGCCAGAGGUUUGUUCCCCAUCACCCGUUCCUCGCAGGACACAAUGGCAGUAUUAACCCAAAUCACUAGUGCAGGGAUCAGCAAGACUUACCUGGCUGUAUGCAGGGGAAUUGUAUUACAGCCUGUCCUUCAGGAGGGGGAAAAGGGCCAAAUUUAGGCGUUUCUGGGGAAAAAGGAGGGUUUGGAACUCAGCAGGUAGUAACAGCUUGGACAGUUUUCAACUAAUGGCUUGUUUUAUGCACUUUUGUACAGCUGAACUCAAUAAAGAACUUCUAACCAACUAAAAAA